AUGAAAUUUCUACUUUAUAUUUUUCUUAUUGAGGCUUCUUUGCUUGAACACUGCCCAGACGAGAAUUUACAUGAUAUUUGUUCGACGCAGUGCAGAAGGGACUACAAUUCCUGCUUGUUAGAUUGCGCCUCGACUAACUGCUUUGACAAUUGCAUUACUGAGUAUGCUAUUUGUAAUGAUUUUUGCCCAUGUGGAGAAAAAUGCCCGAACAGGACAUUUAUUCUGAACUUCAUGAAUAAAAUGAGCCAGAGCUACAUUCUCUCCGGUGAUGGGCUUAAGAAAUCGACAGUUGAAAUCAGUCCUCCAGGAGAUUACACAAUCUAUUCGCAAUAUGCAAUGGUUAAAGAUCAGCUGCACAUCUUUGGAGGAACUCGAGAGCGAAUGAAAAACAUCAUGAAGCUUGUUGGAUGCUCAUUUAUUGAGCUGUCUGCCCAACUGAUCAACAAAAUUUCAACAGAAAGUGCGGCCAUUUCAGUUAAUUCAAACAACAUAGCUCUGAUUUGCUUUCCCUCAGGAGAAUUCCCUGCUCAAAAGUGCGAAAUUUUCAAUGGCGAAAACUCAACUUUGACAUUUUCCACAGCCUAUUCCCACCACAAAGGCAAACUUGGCGAGUACGAGGGGCGGCCGACAACUGUUGGAUCGGUUGACUACCUCUAUGGCAAUCGAAUAACAGAGACGCUAGGAGAAAACGGCUGGAUUCGUCUUGCAGACCAUCCACGAAAGAGAAACAAAAAAACUGCAUAUAAGAUUUGGACCAUGCGACUUUCUGGAAUUCUAGCGUCGCUGAUUGGAUUGGGCGAAGCUCAAGGCAUCGUUACGGAUCAACCCGCCGAUUCUGGCAUAAUCUUCGAUCAAGCGGGGGAGACGCAUCAGAUCACUUACCUGGACAGGGAAUUCCAGGAUUCCGAUGUCAAUGUCGAGUGCACCAGUACAAACAUGUGCAUCAAGCUCUCAAAACAAUUCCUCAUCGACGAAAAAAUCACCGACAAAUUCGAAGGCGUCCACCUUAAAAACUGCGAUCAGGGCGUGCGCAACGAAACAGAGCAGUUCAUCACUUUAUGCACCGAUCUGGGAUUUAACACCUGUGGCACAGAAAUGCACAUGAAUUCUACGCACGUUUCUUAUCUCAACAGACUUUUUACUACCAAUCGAGAAUCGUCCACUACCGACAAGGGAUCUGUGGUGCUCUCUUCGAUCAACGAGUUCAUCGUCCCCUGGCAUUGCGUCUACCCGCUGGACUACCUUGUCGGCUUAUCCAAUGGAGCUGGCAACGAUUACGGCUUUUUCAUCCCAAAGAUCUACGACGUCGUAAAAGUAACGCUUCUCAUGCAGCCUGGCGAGGGAAAGGGUGACUUUCCAGUAACGAUGAUGUUGUAUACUGACAACACUUACGCCGAGGUCUACAACGAGCCCCCAACUUUGAAUGUUACUGACAGGCUCUACGUGCAAACUCAACUGCUCAAGGGACCGGAAGACUCAGUUAUUCAGACGAAGGAGUGCUGGGCGACAGCGUCGGCGGAUAUUGAUGAUACGACCAGAUAUCAGCUGAUUCAAGACUAUUGCGUCGAUGAUGAAGCGGAUCAACGAGCGGAAGUGGAUCUCCUAACGAAUGGUGUUUCUCAAACUAGCCGCUGGGAAUCCAACGUGUUCAAGUUUGUCGAUGAGCCGAACGUGCACCUCCAUUGCCGGGUCCGAAUCUGUUUCACAACCGACGGAAACACCUGCGACCAAUUUGAUUGCACAACAAGCAGAAAGCGAAGGGAAGCGGGACUUCCUGUCGAUGAGGAUGCGAUCGUUUCAAUCGGACCAUUGAAGCUCGGAAACAAAGUGCUGCUCGUGGACGGACAAGAGACGGAAGAAAUCGAAGUUUUCGAAGAGCUGGAAAUCAUUGAAGCAUCAACUUACAUCCCGAAAUACUUCAUUUACAUCGUUGUUGGAUGCUUAGUCGUUGUUGUUGGCUUGAUUUCGGCCAUCAUGAUCCUCGUCUACAAGAAAAAGAAGGCCAGCGCUAAGGCUCGCCUGUACGAGGGCCAAUCUAACUCCGCUUUCAGCACCUAG